AUGUCGGCACAGGAGGCCAUGGCAGGGCACUACGUGGUGUCCGUGGGGGAGGCGCUGUACGAUUGCCUGGCGGACCAGCUGGGCAAGCCCAAGGAGGAGGUGACCUCCUGGACGCCAUACCCUGGCGGCGCUCCCGCCAACGUCGCCACCGGCGUGGCGCGCCUGGGCGCCGGCGCCCUCUUUGUCUCCGCCAUCGGCCAGGAUGAGCUGGGGGACCAGUUUGUGGCGCUGCUGCAGGAGCGCGGCGUGGACACGAGCGGCGUGCAGCGCGUGGGGCAGCCCACCCGAGACAUCCUGGUGACGCGCCGCCCCGACGGCGACCGCGUGUUUGCCGGGUUUGGCAAGGCAAAAUCGCACGAGUACGGAGAUUGCUUCCUGGACCCUGCGGCCCUACCGCUAGAUAAGAUCAAGGGGGCAGACGUGCUGGUGACCGGCACCCUCGGCCUGGCCGCCGGCUCCACCGCGGAAGCCAUGCGCACGGCGGUGACGGCGGCGAAAGAGGGCGGCAGCUGCUGCGUCAUCAUCGACGUCAACUGGCGCCCCGUGUUCUGGGACGACGAGGCGGCUGCCAAGGCCGCUGUGCUGCAGUACAUCCAGCAGGCAGACAUUCUGAAGGAGGCGGAGUGGCUGUAUGGCAUCCCUGCCGCCGACGCGCUGGAGCACCCUGAGCGCGUGCUGGAGAAGUGCGGCAGCUGGCGGGGCGUGCUGGUGUCGGCGGGGGAGAAGGGCAGCGGGUAUGCCUUCCACGCGCCCGGCGGCAAGCUGGCCAUGAGCGGCGUGGUGCCUGUGCUGGAUGUUGCGGUUAAGGACACGACGGGGGCGGGAGACGCCUACCUGGCGGGCUUCAUUUUCUACAUGCUGCUCAGCGGAGGGCUGGACUCGCUUGUGGCCGACCCCGGAAAGCUGCGGCGCGGCGUGGAGUUUGCCACCGCCUGCGGCGCCUUCACGUGCACCAAGCCGGGCGCCAUCGGGGCGCAGCCCACGGUGGCAGAGGCGGAGGCGCUGCUGCCCGACCAGGGGAGCAGCACCUGA